CUCAUGGAGCCGGCCGAGCGUGCGGGCGGCGGAGGUCCCCCGGAGCCCGGCGGGCGUCCCGGCCCGGCCCCGCGGGGCUUCGUCCCGCAGAAGGAGAUCGUCUACAACAAGCUGCUGCCCUAUGCCGAGCGGCUGGACGCCGAGUCCGACUUGCAGCUGGCCCAGAUCAAAAGCAGCCUGGGCCGGGCCGUGCAGCUCCAAGAGCUGUGGCCCGGGGGCCUCUUCUGGACCAGGAAACUCUCCACAUACAUUCGACUCUAUGGGAGAAAAUUUAGCAAAGAAGAUCAUGUUCUUUUUAUCAAGUUAUUGUAUAAGCUGGUAUCAAUUCCAAAACUGGAAAUCAGCAUGAUGCAGGGAUUUGCCCGUCUCUUGAUCAACUUGUUAAAGAAAAAGGAACUUCUUUCAAGAGAUGAUUUGGAGUUACCUUGGAGACCACUUUAUGACAUGGUGGAAAGAAUAUUAUAUUCCAAGACAGAGCACCUGGGAUUAAAUUGGUUUCCUAAUUCUGUAGAAAAUGUUCUCAAAACACUCGUGAAAAGCUGCCGGCCAUACUUUCCAGCAGAUGCCACAGCUGAGAUGCUAGAAGAAUGGCGGCCUUUAAUGUGCCCUUUUGAUGUAACAAUGCAAAAGGCCAUCACUUAUUUUGAAAUAUUUCUUCCUACCUCCCUUCCUCCAGAACUUCAUCAUAAAGGUUUUAAACUUUGGUUUGAUGAAUUAAUUGGCCUUUGGGUUUCAGUGCAAAAUCUCCCACAGUGGGAGGGGCAACUAGUAAAUCUCUUUGCUCGAUUGGCUACAGAUAAUAUCGGGUACAUAGAUUGGGAUCCAUAUGUACCAAAGAUAUUUACAAGAAUUCUGAGAAGCUUGAACCUCCCAGUGGGAAGCAGUCAAGUGUUAGUCCCAAGAUUUUUAACAAAUGCUUAUGAUAUAGGACAUGCUGUAAUAUGGAUCACCGCUAUGAUGGGUGGACCAAGUAAGCUAGUACAGAAACACUUGGCUGGUUUGUUUAACAGCAUCACAUCUUUUUACCACCCUUCAAAUAAUGGGCGCUGGCUGAACAAGUUAAUGAAACUACUUCAACGGUUGCCAAACAGUGUUGUUAGAAGAUUGCAUCGUGAAAGAUACAAGAAGCCUUCUUGGUUAACUCCCGUGCCUGAUAGCCAUAAGCUUACUGAUCAAGAUGUUACAGACUUUGUACGAUGCAUUAUUCAACCUGUCCUCUUGGCUAUGUUUAGCAAAACUGGUAGUUUAGAAGCAGCCCAGGCUCUGCAGAAUCUUGCACUCAUGAGACCUGAGUUAGUAAUACCCCCUGUACUUGAAAGAACGUAUCCUGCACUAGAGACUUUAACAGAACCUCACCAGCUCACAGCUACUUUAAGUUGUGUAAUUGGAGUAGCUCGCAGUUUGGUGUCAGGGGGCAAAUGGUUUCCUGAAGGUCCAACACACAUGCUACCUCUGUUGAUGAGAGCAUUGCCUGGGGUGGAUCCAAAUGACUUCAGUAAAUGCAUGAUCACAUUCCAGUUUAUAGCAACAUUUUCCACUUUGGUGCCUUUAGUAGAUUGUUCAUCUGUACUACAAGAAAGAAAUGACCUUACGGAAGUGGAACGAGAACUUUGUUCAGCCACAGCUGAAUUUGAGGAUUUCGUCUUACAAUUUAUGGACAGAUGUUUUGGACUCAUAGAAAGUAGCACAUUGGAGCAAACAAGAGAAGAGACGGAAACUGAGAAAAUGACUCAUUUGGAGAGUUUGGUCGAGUUAGGUCUGUCUUCGACGUUUAGUACAAUCCUCACACAAUGUUCCAAAGAAAUAUUUAUGGUCGCCCUUCAGAAAGUUUUUAAUUUUUCUAUUUCACAUAUAUUUGAAACAAGAGUAGCGGGCCGCAUGGUGGCGGACAUGUGCCGUGCUGCUGUAAAGUGCUGUCCUGAGGAGUCUUUGAAGUUAUUUGUUCCUCACUGCUGUAGUGUUAUAACUCAGCUUACAAUGAAUGAUGAUGUGUUAAAUGACGAAGAGCUAGAUAAGGAGCUGCUGUGGAACCUUCAGCUCUUGUCGGAGAUUACUCGAGUGGAUGGGAAAAAAUUGCUUCUCUAUAGGGAGCAGCUUGUAAAGAUUCUCCAAAGAACUCUACACCUGACCUGUAAGCAAGGCUACACUCUGUCUUGUAACCUCCUGCACCACCUUCUUCGCUCUACGACACUCAUCUACCCUACAGAGUACUGCAGUGUGCCAGGUGGCUUCAACAAGCCUCCCUCCGAAUACUUUCCCAUCAAGGACUGGGGUAAACCAGGGGACUUGUGGAAUCUGGGCAUCCAGUGGCAUGUUCCUUCUUCGGAGGAAGUGGCUUUUGCCUUCUAUCUGUUGGACUCUUUUCUUCAGCCUGAGCUCAUCAAACUCCAGCACUGUGGUGAUGGCGAACUUGAAAUGUCGAGAGAUGAUAUUCUUCAGAGUCUGACUAUAGUACACAACUGUUUAAUUGGCUCAGGAAACCUCCUGCCUCCACUGAAAGGAGAGCCAGUAACUAAUUUGGUACCAAGUAUGGUGUCCUUGGAAGAGACAAAGUUGUAUACUGGACUUGAAUAUGAUCUAUCCAGAGAGAACCAUCGAGAAGCAAUUGCUAGGGUCAUAAGGAAACUUCUUAACCACAUACUUAACAAUUCAGAGGAUGAUACCAAGUCUUUGUUUCUUAUCAUAAAGAUUAUUGGAGACCUUUUGCAAUUCCAAGGAUCGCACAAGCAUGAAUUUGACUCUCGUUGGAAAAGCUUUAACCUAGUAAAGAAAUCGAUGGAAAAUCGGCUCCAUGGGAAAAAACAACAUAUCAGAGCACUAUUGAUUGACAGAGUAAUGUUGCAGCAUGAGCUACGAACUCUGACUGUUGAGGGAUGUGAAUAUAAAAGAAUACAUCAAGAUAUGAUCAGAGACCUGCUUCGUUUAUCUACAAGUUCAUACAGUCAGGUCAGAAUUAAGGCUCAGCAAACAUUUUUUGCAGCCUUGGGCGCAUAUAACUUCUGUUGCAGAGACAUCAUUCCCUUGGUUUUGGAGUUCUUACGGCCCGAUAGACAAGAUGUCACACAACAGCAGUUCAAGGGUGCCUUGUAUUGUCUCCUUGGAAAUCACAGUGGUGUAUGUUUGGCAAACCUUCAUGAUUGGGACUGUAUUGUACAGACGUGGCCAGCAAUUGUUUCCUCUGGGCUUAGCAAAGCGAUGUCCCUGGAAAAACCAUCAAUAGUGAGACUAUUUGAUGAUCUUGCAGAAAAGAUUCAUCGGCAAUAUGAAACUAUUGGCUUGGACUUUGCAAUUCCAAAGUCCUGUGUUGAAGUAGCAGAAUUACUUCAACAAUCAAAAAAUCCCUCUUCUAACCAGAUAAUGCUCAGUUCAGAAGAAAUUAAAGAAGGACUUAAACGCCAACAAGAAAAGAAUGCAGAUGCCCUGAGGAACUAUGAAAAUUUGGUAAACACUUUAUUAGAUGGUGUGGAGCAGAGAAAUCUGCCUUGGAAGUUUGAACAUAUAGGCAUUGGGCUUCUGUCUCUGCUCUUGAGAGAUGACCGAGUGUUACCUCUUCGUGCCAUACGUUUUUUUGUUGAGAAUCUCAACCACGAUGCAAUUGUAGUCCGAAAGAUGGCAAUCUCAGCUCUGGCUGGUAUUCUUAAGCAGCUCAAAAGAACCCACAAAAAGCUGACCAUCAACCCCUAUGAAAUGGGUGGAUAUUCUAAACCUACCCAGAUUCUUGCUGGUGAUAGGCCUGAUAAUCAUUGGUUGCACUAUGAUAGCAAAAGUAUACCAAGAACCAAAAAAGAAUGGGAGUCAAGCUGCUUUGUGGAAAAAACUCACUGGGGAUACUAUACCUGGCCGCAGAAAAUGGUUGUUUAUGCUGGUGUGGAGGAGCAGCCUAAGCUGGGCAGAAGCAGGGAGGAUCUGACAGAGGCUGAACAGAUUAUAUUUGAUCAUUUUUCUGAUCCUAAAUUUGUUGAACAGUUAAUUACUUUUCUAUCUUUAGAAGACAGAAAAGGAAAAGAUAAGUUUAAUCCUCGCCGUUUUUGCCUCUUUAAGGGCAUAUUCAGAAAUUUUGAUGAUGCUUUUCUGCCAGUUCUGAAGCCCCAUUUAGAACGUUUGGUUGCAGACUCCCAUGAAAGCACCCAGCGAUGUGUUGCAGAAAUUAUAGCCGGUUUAAUCAGAGGUUCUAAGCAUUGGACGUUUGAAAAGGUGGAGAAACUUUGGGAGCUUCUUUGCCCUCUGCUUAGAACUGCGUUGUCCAACAUUACAGUAGAAACUUACAAUGAUUGGGGAACUUGUAUAGCAACAUCCUGUGAAAGCAGAGAUCCCCGGAAACUUCAUUGGCUCUUUGAGCUACUGUUGGAAUCACCAUUGAGUGGUGAAGGAGGAUCCUUUGUAGAUGCAUGUCGACUCUACGUGCUCCAAGGUGGCCUUGCCCAGCAGGAGUGGAGAGUGCCGGAACUAUUGCACAGACUACUGAAGUACUUGGAACCCAAACUCACCCAGGUUUACAAAAAUGUCAGGGAAAGAAUCGGGAGCGUGCUGACCUACAUAUUUAUGAUAGAUGUUUCUUUGCCAAACACUGCGCCAACAGCAUCCCCUCGGGUCCCUGAGUUUACUGCUCGAAUUCUAGACAAACUGAAACCCCUGAUGGAUGUGGAUGAAGAAAUUCAGAACCAUGUUAUGGAAGAAAAUGGAAUUGGUGAAGAAGAUGAACAAACUCAAGGCAUUAAACUCUUAAAAACUAUAUUGAAAUGGCUGAUGGCUAGUGCAGGAAGAUCCUUCUCUACAGCAGUCACAGAACAGCUUCAGCUUCUACCUUUGUUUUUUAAGAUUGCCCCAGUGGAAAAUGACAAUAGCUAUGAUGAACUGAAAAGAGAUGCAAAGUUAUGUUUGUCACUAAUGUCUCAGGGGUUGCUUUACCCUCAUCAAGUGCCUUUGGUACUUCAGGUGCUAAAACAAACCGCAAGAAGCAGUUCUUGGCAUGCUAGAUACACAGUACUGACCUACCUCCAGACCAUGGUAUUUUAUAACCUCUUUAUUUUCCUCAACAAUGAAGAUGCAGUCAAAGACAUCAGGUGGCUGGUUAUAAGUCUUUUGGAGGAUGAACAGCUAGAGGUUCGAGAAAUGGCUGCUACCACCUUAAGCGGUCUGUUACAGUGUAACUUCCUUACCAUGGACAGUCCUAUGCAGAUUCAUUUUGAGCAACUUUGCAAAACAAAACUACCGAAGAAAAGAAAACGGGACCCUGGUUUCGUAGGAGAUACAAUUCCUUCUGCAGAGUUGGUCAAACGUCAUGCUGGGGUGCUAGGACUCGGUGCGUGUGUUCUUUCCAGUCCUUACGACGUUCCCACCUGGAUGCCCCAGCUCCUCAUGAACCUGAGUGCACAUCUGAAUGAUCCGCAGCCCAUCGAGAUGACUGUAAAAAAGACCUUAUCCAAUUUCCGAAGGACGCACCACGACAACUGGCAAGAACACAAACAGCAGUUCACAGACGACCAGCUGCUGGUUCUCACCGACCUCCUCGUGUCCCCAUGCUAUUAUGCAUAGAAGAUGAGUAGUCCUCACUUCAGGCUCUUUUCAUCAAAAAUUCCAGAUCCUCAGGUACCAUCUGUGGCGGCUCUGCAGGUUUUUAAACCCCCCUCUGUUGAGCUCUCAUCAGUUUGGUGGUUUCUGUGUUUGGUCUCAUUAGUCUGCGUCCCACGGGCUCUCAGCUGCCAUUUGAUUACCUGCCCUGUUUGAAGUGGCUUCAGAAACUGAUCGCUCUCGCUCUGAGGCAGCUGACAGCUCGGCGUCUCGGACCGGAAAUAAUUACCCAGUACGAUCAUGGCAUCCGAGACCAAACGGAGUCUAGGAACUCAUUAAGGAACAGUUUGCUUGUGAUUGAGAAUACCUGUCUGUAAUACAGGUCCUGUCAUUUCAUUCAUCUCAAAUUAUUUUGAAUUUUUUCCAAAUGGCUGUUGGGUGUAGAUGGUAGUAGGGCUGAGGGGCAUAAAUCGAAGCCUGAGAGCUUUGGGUCUGGAGAGCCACGAAGAGGGAAGGGAAAGCGGGCAAGUCUGGAGCCUAACCGAGGACCUGAUGGAUCACUCCACCAAGACACAGAAGUGAAGUCUGUGUCACGUGCUUCCCACAGACUGGAGUUUUUGGUGCUGAACAGAAAGAGCAGUUGCUGAAAAACCGGGGGUUUGGUGAAUAAAUUUUUGAUUGACUGUUGUGCGUGUAUACAGUGUGUGAUUUUGAAAAUAAACAACGACAAUUAAAACCCUGACUGAUUGAUUUUCACCUGUAUUCUUUGCAUAUACUGUUUGACCCUCUUUAAGAACUGUUCUACUUCACCUAAUGGGAAACUGCUGUGUAUGUGGAAAUUUCGUAAUUUUCUUUAUAUCUUUUGGUUUUUUUCUUUUUUUUUUUUUUGCCUGCAGAAUCGUUGAGAGACUAAUGAGUCUUUAUAUUUAAUUGACUUGUUUAAUAAAUGUUAUAUAGAUGUAAAAGACUGUAUAAACUGUAGAGAUAGUAUUGGCAAGACUUUGUACAGAUGCAACCUUUUACACAGCACCAGUGUGUAAUUAAUUUGUAAAGUUCACAUGUAGCUCUUUAUUAUAGUAAUUUUUGGCUUUUGUACCAAUUGAAUGCCAUUUUUUGUGUUUUUAAAUUAUUUUAUCUUUUCAUGUUACAAAAGCUGAGGUGUGGGGUUUUUGAGUUCACUUAUCGUUAGAAUGUCUGGAUUUUUAUGUAACUUUUGUGAGCAUCCUUAAAUGCAAACACCUUUGCCUGUGACAAGUUUAUAGAAUGCAAAGCAUCUUCUAGGUUAAAGUAAUUCACAAGUUGGUGAAUGUCAUCUUGGAACACACCCUGUACAGUCUUCCUUAAAGGAACACUACAGUAUAUUUUUUAGUACCUACUUACUGAAUGACCCGCUACAGACCUAAGCACAGCAGAGGUCCUGGUACGGAAUUGAAUUGUCAGCCUCCACAGGCCUAAUCCCUGUAUAGAGUAGUGCCAAACCGAUUAUUUCAAUUGUGUAACUAGUUUAAAACCCAAUAAAUGGAUUGUUUUUAA